ACGGAAGUAACUUUCGAAUUAACUCUGGUAGGGCGGCGAUGGGAGGCUGGUAGCGGUGGAAAGGGGGCGUCGGUCCGUCCGUCGUUGACAAUUCCACAAUUCCGUCUACGUCGGCGGACGCGCAUAUUAUGCGGGGCUCUCUUUCCACCGUGUGACGGCCUUGGCUUAUCAGCCACUCUUUCCCAGCUACGCGAGAGGCCCGAUACGCCAGCCCCCGGUCGUCGUCUUAUCGGAUCGUCCCGCCAAACCGCGUCGAGACUCCGUAGUCGCAGGGUGAUCGAACGAAGCUUCAACAUGUCCAUCGACACGAAUGCUAUGACACUGACCCGCUUCGUGCUCGCGGAGCAGCGGAAGGUCCCCGGUGCCACGGGCGACCUGACCCAACUGCUCACGAGUAUUCAAAGCGCCAUCAAGGCCGUCGCCGCGGCCGUGCGACGAGCUGGCAUUGCCCACCUGUACGGCCUGGCGGGCAACACGAACGUGCAGGGUGAGGAGCAGAAGACUCUGGACGUGCUAAGCAACGACCUGUUCAUCAACAUGCUCAAGUCGUCCUACACGACCUGUCUGCUGGUGUCUGAGGAGAACGACUCUGUUGUGGAGGUUGAGACCGAGAAGCAGGGUAAAUACGUUGUCUGUUUCGAUCCCCUUGACGGGUCCUCCAACAUCGACUGCCUCGGCUCCAUCGGCUCCAUCUUUGCCAUCUUCCGCAGGACAAGUUCAGGAGAACCAUCCGCGAAAGAUGCACUGCAGACUGGUCGCAACGUGGUGUGCGCUGGUUAUGCACUGUAUGGAAGUGCGACAAUGGUUGUCUUAAGCUUGGGCAGUGGAGUCAAUGGAUUCAUGCUUGAUCCGGCAAUCGGGGAAUUCAUUCUGACGGACCGCGACAUGAAGAUCAAGCCACGAGGCAAGAUUUACAGCAUCAACGAGGGCUAUGCUGGGUCUUGGGACCCCGCUGUCAAGGAGUAUGUCGAAAGCAAAAAGUUUCCUAAGACUGGCAAGCCAUAUGGGGCCCGCUACAUUGGCUCUAUGGUGGCAGACGUGCACAGGACUCUCAAGUACGGCGGCAUAUUCAUGUACCCGGCCAGCAAGGACGCCCCGUCCGGAAAGCUGCGUCUGCUUUACGAGUGCAUCCCGAUGGCUUACCUGGUGGAGCGUGCCGGGGGCAUGGCCACGACGGGCAAGCAGGCCAUCCUGGACGUGCAGCCGACUUCCCUGCACGGCCGGGCGCCCAUCUUCCUGGGAUCCAAGGAGGACGUGCAGGACGUACUGGACCUCUACAAGAAGCACAAGUUGGCUUAGGCGCAAUAAAGGCUGCACUUGGCUCGUGUCUUGGCCAGGUUCUGAGAAA